UCCAGCAUUACUAAUUUCUUUCGGGGAUGUCUCGACGUUCCUGCCCAAGACAUAGUUAGUGGGCACGUAGUUUUCGCGCAGGUUAUGUAGUCGCGUUGUUCUUUCUUGUUGCGUGGUUGGACACGGGUUGUUCUUGUGCAAUAAUAAUAUUAUUGUUUUUUUGUGAAUAAUAAAUAAUAUUAAUAUUAAUAUGGAGGAAGAAUUGAGAUUGACUCAAGUAACCGAACUGAACGAUGAUGAUUGUGAAGAGAAAAGUGAAAAAGGUGACAUAAGAAAUGUCCCAAAAGGGAUUUUGAAAGAAUUUAUUGAGACUUAUAGAGCUCAUCCAGCUUUGUGGCAGAUACAGAAUAAAGAACUAUACCAAAACCGUAAUUUAAAAAAUAAAGGCUACUUGGAAUUGCUAAAGAUUUGGAGAAAGUACGAUUCACAUGCUGACCACAAAACAGUAAAACAAAAAAUUCAAUCAAUUAGAGGAUCCUUCCGCAAAGAAUUUAAAAAGGCAAGUAUACACUUGUUAAUACUCGUAGUUAUACAUAGAUAGCUGUCCCAAAAGGGUGCAAAAUAGUAAAUAGUUUAAUAUUAUUUAAAGGUCGAAAAGUCAAAGCGAUCAGGCAGAGGUGUUGACGAACAUUAUAAAUCACAUUUGUGGUAUUUCAAGUUAUUGAUGUUUUUAGUAGAUCAUGAACUACCAACCAGUAGUUGUGACAACAUCAAUGAGUCAACAAAUAGCCCAUUUCAAGAACCUGUGGAGGAAAUAGACGAGCCCAACGAAGGCAAUGAAACCAACGAAGGAAUAGCACAUAAUGUAGAGUCAGUGGUUAAUACUAAUAUUAACACCAACAACAAGAGAUAUAGGAAUGCAGACGGUCAUAGCCCUGCACAAAACAAAAAAAUCUGUGAAGACAGGGAGCGGAAAUUAUUUCUUGCAAAGUGUACUGAGGCACUAAACUCCAAACCAACAGAAAAUGAUGCCCUGGGUCAAUACAUAAGUGCAAAAUUGGAAAAAGUCGUAAACCCAGAACAAAAGAUGUAUGCUGAAGCAUUGCUAACUAAAGUACUUAAUAAGGCAAUAAUGGGUCAAUUGAAUGAAUUCGUAGAUGUAACCUACAGUAAUGUAGGACUUUAUCCUUCUAAUAAUUUUUCUCAUGUGUCGCCAGGGUCCUCGGCCCAUUCCUCAUUAGCGUCUAAUUCCUUUCCGUCUCCUUCCCUAUCAAACAAUUAUUCCACAGCGGAAUCUACUCCUGCUGAAAAUGUUAGCCCUAUGGAAGGUUUGCGAGCUUAUUUUUCCUCAGCAGGUCGUGAAUAACAAUUAUAUAAUUUUUUUACGUUUUCUUGUUAUAAUUAGGAUGAGUUUUUUAGUUUAUUUGUAUUUGUUAAAAUAAAGAGAGGACUUUUUGCACAAGGUAUU